GCUCGUUCAACUGUUCAACACGCGGUAAAACGUUACUUCCUUUUUUACGUGGUGUUUUUGAUUUUAAUAUUAAAUUUUAAAAUAUAAGCAAGGUCUUCAAGGAAAAAAUGCAUUAUUAGUAAAUAUGACGUCUUCAACAUUUGACUGUAAACAGAAUAUUUUCUUACAGGCUUAAGAACGGCAUGGGGGAUUGUAACUUCGACCGUUACAGCAAGGAAGAAAAGUUUUCUUACAGGACUUGGUGUUCAAUGUGUGAAAGAGGACCUCAAAGGAGACGUUCUAUUAGCGAAACGAAUGAGCCUUGUAGAAGAAAAAGCAAAGAAUUAAAGACUUUAACUCCAAAGAAAUAUAAUCGUAGCCAAGAAUACGAAAAUAUGGAAUUCGAAUAUGAAUUAAAGGGCCAGUGGCAAGAAAAAGAUAUGAGAUAUGAAUUUUCGAGAAUUAGAUCAAAUCUUUGUGAACUUCCUACCUCCUAUAUAUCAAAUAAUUGUCAACUUUCAAACAAUUUGGCAGGGCUUCCAAAAUUGUCUAAUGAAUCAACUGGCUUUGAGUGUUGUAAAAGUGCAGGUACAUAUGAAACCAGUGGGAAAUUCGCUGAUAUUGAUGAUCAAAUCGAAAAUUUAGGUAGCAUGCAAGGAAAAGGGAAGUCGAGAUUGGAGCCUGUGAAGAUCAGUAAGAUUGAAAUUCCUACGUUUCAGAAGAAAUCUGAAGUAAGAAGCCCGGAUAAAUCAAUUACCAGUCAUAGUUAUAACAAUACAUCUCCCAGAGGCCAUUUAUACAGUAGAAGUGAUCUUUUAGAUAAAUAUCCUAGUCCAAACAAAUUUAAAACAAGUUCAUCAGCAAGCCCCUAUUGUAAUGAGUUUUGUUCAUACUCAAACUUUAAGAUGCAUACACUAAGUAAUCAGAUUCCAGUGUGUUUUGACACCAGCACUUAUUUUAAUAAACGAUGUGAAGCCAUCCCAGAUAAAUACACCAGAGAAAUUCAGGAUUUAAGAGAAAAAUUACUCUCAUUAAAAAGCACUAGCUAUAUUUGUAGCGAUAGCUUGGUCUUCAAUCCUAGUACAGCUGUGAUUAAAACUACAGUACCUAGAUCAAACACCAAUGGCAUUCAAAAUGAAUUAAAAUCAAAUACAGAUACAAAUUUUAUUAGUAAUAACUAUAAAGAAGGUAAAUGUCUUCAAAUGAAAGGAUCUGUUGCAGCACCUGAACCAUCUCCAACAGCUGCUCUUAAAACCCAUAGGAGUAAAGUUUCAUUAAAAACUAGAGCUAAACUGGGCAACCAUAAAGUGAGAAAAGUCAAACCCAAAGCCAUCCACAACAUACCUACUUUGUCAGAUGAUGUGAACAGCGACUGUAGUGGUUCAGAUAGUGAAAAUGAGACAAAUCUGGACGAUGAAGCGGGUAACACCGAUGAAAAUUCUACAGAUAAGAGCGAUGAUUCUUCUGAAAGUUGUACAUCUCUAAACGUGAUUGAGACUGGAUCUGGAGAUGCAGUCAACUGGCCAAUUAGACAAAGUUUAUUUCCAAACAUUCCACCCUACAUUAGGUUUAAGUUGCACGAUGUCGAAGCGGAAGUACAAAUUCCCAACGCCAAGAAAUAUUUCAAGUGGAAGCUCAGUACCAUCACUCCGCUUAUAGUUAGAAAAACCUUAACCAACACCGGUUUUGUUCUUAUUAGAAGUGAGUUUAGCAGAGAGUCUAAUCAAUGGUUGGGUACGUGGGGUAAGCAUAUGAAAUCCCCAAUGUUUAAGACUUUAAAGGAAACACAAAAACUUAAUCAUUUUCCUGGGACGUUUCAAUUGGGAAGGAAAGAUCGGCUUUGGAGGAAUUUCCAAAGAAUGAUGACAAAGUUUGGCGCUAAAGAGUUUGGAUUUUUACCUCAUACGUAUAUUCUACCUCAGGAACUUAAAUUAUUAAAGCAAUGUUGGGAAUAUAAAAAUGGCAAUGGUGGUGAAAUGUGGAUUAUAAAACCGCCUGCUUCUGCGCGAGGAGUCGGCAUAAAAGUGAUAAAUAAGUGGUCUCAACUUCCAAAGAAAUCAUCCCUUAUAGUUCAAAAAUACAUUUCCAAUCCUUAUUUAAUAAAUGGUAGCAAAUUUGAUCUAAGACUGUAUGUUUUAGUAACUAGUUUCAAUCCAUUAAUAAUUUAUAUGUACAAAGAGGGAUUAGCCAGGUUUGCUAGUGCAAAAUAUAGUAGUGAUACCAAAGAUCUAAAGGAUAGGUAUAUGCAUUUGACAAAUUAUAGUAUAAAUAAAUUUUCCAGUCAAUAUACUGCCAAUGAAGAUGCAAAUGCCUGCCAAGGACAUAAGUGGACAAUCUCUAAAUUAAUGGAAUAUCUUCAAGGUUACAAUGUCGAUACUAAAGCCUUGUGGAGAAAUUUACAACAAUUAGUUAUAAAAACAAUUAUAGCCUGUGAAUCACCUGUGGUACAGUUAUGUGAAGAAAAUAUAAACAGUAGAUACAACUGUUACGAAUUAUUUGGAAUUGAUAUACUUUUGGAUGAUAAAUUAAGGCCAUGGUUAUUAGAGGUUAAUAUUUCGCCAAGUCUUCACAGCGCCUCUCCUCUGGAUGCUCACGUAAAAGGUCCCUUAGUUCAAUCAAUUUUCGAUUUAGCACAAUUUCAUUUACCGUCCAGAAUUAGUGCCCUCAAACACGGUAACUUGCCAGAAUGUUUCGACGCAAGAUUGUAUUCAACGGCCUUAACGAAAAGGGAGAAGAAUAAACACGCCCUCUUCGAACAAUUAGAAACUAGAGAUGAAUAUCUUACCGAUAUUCUUAGGAACUUAACUGGUGAUGAUGUGCGGCAUUUGAUACGAGCAGAAGAUGAACUGACUGUUAAAGGAGGCUUCGAAAGGAUAUUCCCUACACAGCAAUCUCACAAAUAUCUACAUUUUAUGGAACCAAGAUACUACAACAGGUUGUUCGAUGCGUGGGAGGAACGGUAUGGACACCAGAGAGAAGCAGGUAUCGCCGUUCUAAGAACUCUAUGUGCUCAACGAAUUCAUCUAAAAGUACCCGUACAGAGUACCUUAAGUAAGAGUUCGCCGAAUAUGACCCCUUUGGAUACGAAUGUGCUACCGUCCAAGAUGGAACACCCCAAUCCUCCCCUAGAAGAUAUGUUCAAACACGCAACAAUUAAUAGUACAAUAUCGACUGCUGUUUAAAAGCUCCUUAAUAAGGAAAUUUGGUGAAUAUUCAUCGUGACUGCCAUCAUAUGUUGAUAUUUCUUGUGGUUGUACACAUUUUCAAAAAUGUAUUUAUAAAUUUUAAGUAUUGUAACUUUUAAAUUUUCGUAUAAUUAUAAUUUUGCAUUUAA